CAACUCCCUAGGGCCAAGGGGCCGAUUUGCCUUGCCAUGGCGCCGGACAGGCUGAGCGAGUUGCCGGACUGCCUGCUCCAGGGCAUCCUCUCCCCCCUGGGAGCCAGGCAGGUCUUGCGGACGGCGGCUCUGUCGCGGCGGUGGCGCCACGUCUGGCGUGGCGUUCUGUGCCUGUCCCUCGACAUCGACCAGCGGGAGUUCCAGGCGGCCGACGCCGAAGCAGCAACGACCGACGGCAACCGCAGGCGCAACAAAUCGGUCGUGCUCGAGGAGUGGGCUAGGUUCGAUGACUUCGCGGACGGCAUCCUCCGUUUGGAUCUGGACCGCCGCGACGGCCGCGGCGGCCUGCCACUGGACCUUGACUCGCUCCGCCUGCACGUCGUCGACGAUCAGCAGGCCAGCCGUCGGAGGCGGCCGCGCUACAUCACGUGGCUGGCGUGGGUCCACGGCUGCCUCGACCGCUACCGUCCCGCCGCGCUCGAGAUCGUGAGCGAUUUCGACAUCACCGUCGACCUGCGUCUCAUGGGCCUCCGUUCCGAUCUAAGCCGCCUCAAGACCGUGCGCCUCACGGGGAUCAUACACAGCGGCGGCCUCGGCGACUCCGUGUGCCCUCAGCUGGAGCACCUCGAGUUCACCGGGUGCGCCAUUGGUUUUCAGGAGGCGGUGACGAGUCCCACGCUGAAGAGGCUGGUCAUGGACCGUACCUGGAGGAGAGGUGAUAUGAAGCAAGAUUCUCCCGUGCUCAUCGACGCUCCUGCCCUUACUUCUCUGCGCUUGCUUCUGCACUUCAACGCCAUCUGGGCGUUCCAGACGCCGUCGCUCGUGGAGGCAUCGGUCCGUUCCACGAGGGGUGCUUGGGUCAGCAGGGCCGACGAAUACCAGCUUCUCUGCAGCCUCUAUAACGUGACAAGAUUAGAGCUCUCCGGCUUCCUGGCGCUAGAGAAGAUUAGGACGAGUCCAGGACAUCAAGAUUUGCCGACAUUUGAUAACCUGACUACAUUGCUCUUGGACGAGUGCGACUUGACCGGCGAAGUGUACAACAUGCUAGAGUUGUUUCUCAACAAUGCUCCCAACCUAGAGGAACUUACUCUGCAGAACUGCAAGCUGCCGCAAGAUUGGACUGAGUCGAAGAAGAUGUGCCUGAACCUCAAGUUUAGGGAGAUCAACUGUCAUAAGGAGGGUGAUCUUCCACAGGUGGAUCAUUGAGCUUUUGCUGGGCAAUUUGAAGAACCUCGAGAAGGCCGGCAUUUCCUAAGAAACAAUGAUGGACGUGGGUGUCGAUCAAAUAAAUGUUAUAUUCAAUUCAAACACAAGCAUGCUUGGAUUCAAAUAGGUUACAGGAACCAAGAAAAAUUCUUGGAGAUGACAUUGCUAUCAUCUGCUUUCUCUCAGCCCCCAGGAUUUGUAAGAGCAUGACUAAUGCUCUAAUAGUAUAACCAACUGCUUAGAUAUACAGCUGCCAUGUCAUCUAGAAACAUCAUUUAUAUUCACUCAUAGAGUAAGGUUGGCUACUAAA